GGUACACUACAACUCUGUUUUGUUUAUGGCUCUCCCUCAAUUCUCACCACACACACCCACACCACCACUGUCCCAAGACAGAGAUAUAGAGAGAAGAAAGGGGGGAUAUGUUAUGGUAGAAACGGGAUUACAUCAAAAGGCUAUACCAUGUUAAACAAGAGCCGUUGAUCAACAAGUCGGUAUAUCAGAUGAUCCAAACGAGAUUAAAAACAAAAAAAAUAAAAAAUAAAGAUUUCUGUCUCUCUCUCUCUCUCUCUCUCUCUCUCUCUAGUUAGUCACACUCAGCUCAGCAUUCGCAGAAAUGGCUUCGUUGAACUCCUUCACCCUAUUAAGGACUUCCGGAAUUGUAAGAACUUUGGCCACAAUCAGACCUCAUACUCCGCGGCCUUUUCAUAUUCCUCUCCAAUUUCGCAGAGCCACCUAUUGUGUUAGUGCUACAAAUGAUGAAGAGGCCUCUGCAAGAGAAGCUGCAGCCAGUGCUGACACUGGAGCUCCAACCAUAUUUGACAAGAUCAUAGCUAAGGAGAUCCCUUCCAAUAUAGUUUAUGAGGAUGACAAGGUCUUGGCAUUUCGGGAUAUCAACCCACAAGCUCCUGUUCAUGUUUUAGUCAUUCCGAAGCAUAGGAAUGGAUUAACACAGCUUGGCAAG